AUGGGUUCAACAAUUCAAGACGCCCGUCCUUCAGUGAAACUCACCCAGGGAACCGUCAUCGGCACAGUCGUGUCAGACAGUCUCCCCCGGCCAGUCGAAGCCUUCAAGGGUAUUCCGUAUGCGCUCCCGCCAACAGGAGAUCGCAGGUUCCGCGCACCAGUCAAAGUCGAACCCUCAACAAAAGAAAUUGACGCUUCGAAAUGGGGUCCCGUCGCACCGGGCAAGCAACUCUUCCCAGGCGGUCCAGCGUUUGAGUACAGCGAGGACUGCUUGACUGCCAACGUCUUCCGGCCCGUCUCGUCGUCUCAAAAUGAGACACUACUGCCCGUGGCCGCUUUUAUUGCAGUUUCCUUCAAUUAUCGAAUUGGAGCUCUCGGUUUCCUGCCCUCCACCAAGAGUUUCGAGGAGGGUUCUGUGAACCUCGGUUUGAAAGAUCAACUCAUUCUCCUCGAGUGGGUUCGCGACAACAUCACGGCAUUCGGCGGAGACCCCAACAACGUCACCCUCUUUGGCAUCUCCGCCGGAGCACACUCUAUCGGCCACAUCCUCAUCAACGACGAAGGCCAAUACAACCCACCCCUCUUCCACAAAGUCAUCCUCGAAUCCGGCGCCCCAACAUCCCGCGCAGUCCGCCCCUACAGCGCCCCCAUCCACGAAGCCCAGUUCGCAGACUUCCUCGCAGAGACAGGCUGCCCGGCAAACCUCUCCGCCGCCGAGACCUUCGCCUACCUCCGCGCCGCGCCCACCGAGGUCGUCCAGAAAGCCCAAAUCGCAGUGUUUGACAAGUACAACCCUUCCCUCCGCUGGGCCUUCCAGCCCGUCGUCGACGGCGACAUCAUCCCCCGCCCGCCAAUGGAAUCCUGGCGCCUCAACAAGUGGCGCAAGGUCCCCAUCAUGACGGGCUUCAACCGCAACGAAGGCUCCAUCUACAUCUCCAAAAAGGUUUCCGCCUCGUCAGAAUUCACCUCCUUCUUCGCAGACCUGCUUCCCCUGCUCUCCAAGGAGGACGUCGACACCAUUGACAAACUCUACCCGGACCCCCUCACCAUCCCAACCUCACCCUACAAGGAAUCCCUCGACGGCACAGGCGCCCAAUACCGCCGCCUCGAAAUCGCCUACGGCCAAUACGCCUACGUCGCGCCCGUCCGCCAAACAGCCGACCUCGCCUCCCGCGCGGACCCGGCGCUGCCGGUAUACCUCUACCAAUGGGGCCUCGAGAGCUCCCUCCUCGACCGCGCGCGCCACGGCGAGAACAUGUACUACGAGACCUGCGAGCCCGCAAAGACCAAAAUCUCCCCGACGCAAAAGGAGCUAUGCCUGACGCUGAACGCGUACCUCGCCAGCUUCAUCGUCGCGGGCGACCCGAAUGCCGUACGUGGCGAGAGCGCGCCGGAGAGGCCCGUGUGGGAGCGGUAUGUCGCCGAGGAUCCCAAGGCGUUGGUGUUUGCGGAGGAGAAUAAGGAGCUUAUUGGGGGUGAGGCGGGGAUUCCCGCGCGGUUGUGUGCUGAUACAUGGGCGAGAAAGGAGUCGGAGUUCUGGUGGACAAAGGUUGAUGUGUCGCAGCAAUAAGUGCAUCGUUGAGUAGAAAUAAAAAAGUAAAAUCUUUGAUAAUUUCUCUACGACCUAGUCUAUCAAUGUUCC